ACAAAAAUUGUUAAAAGCCAAAAAUAGAACAAUAAUACACCAUCAAAAAUAUUAAAUUCUCUAAAAUUUAAACGUAAAAAAGAUACGAAAGUACCUAGAAAGAAUCAACUGCGAAGAAGUUAUGUGUCAAUAAGGCUAACAAUCAAUUAACGAGCCGUCUGACCAUCGCGUGUGCAUUUUUAAGUUACUUACAAGACAAGAAAGUUGUCGUGCGUUGCAGCAGUGGCAGUUACAGUGCCUGCUGUUGCACCUCUAGCUCAUCUCGAAGCCAAGUGAAAUUAGUUCGUGCCAAAAUUUGCAAAUCGCAGUGUGUAUUUCCCAAGCCAUUUUGGCUAUCAGAAGGCACUUGCUCAACACAAUUUUAAAAACCAAAGUCAAUUUCGAAUUUAAAUACGAACAGUUAUUUCCAUCCCUGUAACUGUACCACAAAGUGCAUCUUGUUCCAUUGGAAUUGGAGCUUGCAAUUGCAAUUCAUGCCGCUGCAAGCUGUUUGAGUGGGUGGCAAAACCCCGUACGUGGUUAGAGCUGAGACAGGAUCUACGGCCGCGGCAUGCUGCAGUUGAGGCUAUUCGAUAGCUCACUCUACUAUACGCUGGCCUCCGCCUCAGAGUCCGCUCCGGCAGGGCUGGUGCAGUCCGAAACGGAGCAGCAUGCGACGGGCAAUGACAGCCAGUUAGAGCUGACAGGUGGGGGUGUCGGGUCGCUGACCGCCCUCGGCGGUGCAGUUAAUCUGACAUUUUUUACACCUGCGAUAUCACACGUGACGACAGCAACAAGGACAACGAGAGCGACAGUGUCGGCCGCAAUUGUCCAGACGACAACGGCGCCAGGCCAUGACUUGGAUGCAAUGUCGGAGGCGAUACUCAAUGCGACAGCGGGCCACUCGGCCGAAUUUGACAAUUUAAAUUCCUUCUACUUUUACGAGACGGAACAAUUUGCGGUGCUGUGGAUUCUCUUCACCGUCAUUGUGCUGGGCAAUUCUGCGGUGCUCUUUGUGAUGUUCAUCAACAAGAAUCGCAAGUCACGGAUGAAUUACUUCAUCAAGCAAUUGGCGCUAGCAGAUCUUUGCGUGGGUCUGCUCAACGUGCUGACGGACAUUAUAUGGCGCAUCACGAUUUCGUGGCGUGCGGGCAAUCUGGCCUGCAAGGUUAUACGCUUCUCGCAGGUGUGCGUCACUUACUCCUCCACCUACGUGCUGGUGGCCAUGAGCAUUGACAGAUAUGAUGCAAUAACGCAUCCCAUGAACUUCUCAAAGUCGUGGAAGCGAGCACGUCAUUUAGUGACUGGCGCUUGGCUUAUAUCGGCCAUCUUCUCGCUGCCCAUUCUUGUACUCUACGAGGAAAAGCUCAUCCAGGGGCAUCCACAGUGCUGGAUAGAACUGGGCUCUCCAAUGGCCUGGCAGGUGUACAUGAGUCUUGUGUCCGUCACACUCUUCGCCAUUCCAGCAUUAAUUAUUUCCGCAUGCUAUGCGAUUAUAGUCAAGACUAUUUGGGCCAAGGGCUCAAUAUUUGUGCCCACAGAUCGAGCGGGGUUUGGUGCUGCACCGGCAAGACGUGCCAGCUCCAGGGGCAUCAUUCCACGGGCCAAGGUCAAGACGGUGAAGAUGACAUUGACCAUUGUGUUUGUGUUUAUCUUCUGCUGGUCGCCGUACAUUAUCUUUGAUUUGCUGCAGGUCUUUGGCCAGAUACCACACUCGCAGACAAACAUUGCCAUUGCCACGUUCAUCCAGAGUCUGGCACCCCUGAAUUCAGCGGCCAAUCCGCUGAUCUACUGUUUGUUCUCAUCGCAGGUGUUUCGUACAUUGAGUCGCUUUCCACCCUUCAAGUGGUUCACCUGCUGUUGCAAGUCUUAUCGCAACAACUCGCAGCAAAAUCGCUGCCACACUGUGGGUCGUCGACUGCACAACAGCUGCGACUCAAUGCGUACGCUGACCACAUCGCUGACGGUGUCACGCCGUUCCACCAGCAAGACGAAUGCCCGUGUGGUAAUCUGCGAGCGGCCCAGCAAGGGGAUUACCGUGCCGACCAUGUCGGAGAUAUGAUAGCUGGCGCACACGACCCGCAAGCGUUCAACGUUUGCGCUUCACGGGCCCACAUCUUUUAGCGAUGCGGAGUUUCUCUAGAAUGCUGCACAAGAGAGAGGCUUAGACAAUAAGUUCGUAAGUUGUACUCUAGGCAUAGUGAAAUCCAAAUCUAAACCGUACUUACCAUAAGUAUGCCAAGACUACUCUACGAAUUUCAAAACACUUUAACUUACGACUACUUACUGCUACCAUACUGUACCGCAUUUGCAAUCUAUUAAGUAUUAUACAUAUGUGCAGUCUAUUAUUAGGAAUUUUGCAUUAUAUAGUACCUUCUUUACUGGCAUUUGUGUGUAUUUUAAUUAAUGCUAGGCUAAAGCUGAAAUAAGUCUACGAGUAACUCUGAGAGGUUAGUCUGUAAUAUUUCAAACUUAACAGCUCAUUUCCGACACUCUCAAAUUUGUAUGCUAUUCAACAGACUGAUGAUAUUUGUGUUUACUCGAAAGUCUCAUGACUAAAAGUUAUUUUUCAGGCCUAACUAGCAAUUAAGACUAUUUAAAAUCCACCUCAAUUCCAUACUUUGGUACAUCUUAUAUUUAGACAAGACCACGGGCUAGUCUGUGUAGACCAGCCUCCACGUGGACUAAGUCAUGAACUGGUCCAUCCAAGAACCUGAGCAAGUAUCUGAAACCAAAAUUAUAUUAGUCAUAAGUAGACGCUAAUAGUUAAAUAGAGCAUAAAGUUGUAGUCAAUUUCGUUUAAGCUAAUAUUUAUUUUCAUGAUAAUGUGUAGAGGAGCAUAAUAAAGGCCACAAAAUUCUCAGAGUGUCACCAGAGUGUGUCUGUCCCUU